AUGCUUUUCUUUGGCAUGGCAGAAGCUCCAGAAGUUCAAUUCAUCUCCCUACCAGCGACAUCAGAGACACCACGCCCGAUACCGAUGCAUCCUCAUAUAUACAGCAACGGGAUCAUAUGCCUGGAUCUUCUCGGUUCUGCGGGAUGGUCGCCUAUCCAGUCCGUCGAGAGCGUCUGUAUGAGCAUCCAAAGCAUGCUGACGGGUAACACCAAGAACGAAAGACCUCCCGGCGACGAAGAGUUUGUCAGGCGAGACACUCGACGCCCACGAGAUAUCAGGUUCAUUUACGACGACCACACCGUCUGA